AUGGAGUCAACAGCAAAGCGAAAAUGUCGAACCGCAACUGUGGAGCCUAAAUGGUAAAUACGAUUUUUGAUGUCACUUCACGUUUUUUGACAACUUUCGUUAAAAUUUUUGUUAUUUUAGGGGUAAACGACCAAAAAACUCUGAAAUUGCCGAAUCCACGCCGGAAAAGACACAGAUAAAUGGCAAGAAGUCGAGGAGAAUAGGUAAAAUACGUUUCUUCCUCUUUUGUUCGCUUUUAGGGGUUUCGACAUUUUUUAUUAAGGUUUAGACCUUAUUUUAGAUGAUUCGGUCAGUUUUUUCUAAUUUUAGGUAACCGCUCCAUUUACCUCUCCUUUUUCGAAUCCGGCAUCUGCACCUUGUGUGGGAGGGAAGUCAAAUCACUUACCGCUUCCAUGGCGCAGCGCCAUCUCCGCCGAAACCACGCCUCCGCGCUGGCCGAGCCCCAAAAAACACCCGGCUUCGAUUUGGCCACAUUUUUAGAGACUCUGCAGUCCGAGGAGAUUGCAUCAGACUUGGAGGAGAGUGAGCGUCUGCCGGCUUCGUCCCCUUCUUCAGUCUCUCCGCCCGUCCCCGAGCCUCUUUUUAUCGCUCUCCGUUCCCUUUCGAGGCAGUUGGACUUGGGUCAAGAGAACGGGGAAAAACAAGAAAUUAUGAGUGGAAUUGAUGAACGAAAUGAGGAUGUUAAGGUAAGUAGAUGACUUAUGGAUGGUUAGAAUGUAAAAUACGUUACUAAAAUAUAGGUCUAUUUAAUGGAAAAAUAUAAAUAUUGUUUAACAUCUAAUUUUCCUUAAAAUAAUAUUAUUUUUAUCCCCAAAGGCUUUCAAGAUUUUUAAAACGCAUUUUAAAUUGUAUAAAAAGCAAUGUACUCCCAAUAUCCUUCAAUUUUUAGGCCGGGCGAUCGCUAGUUGUCGAGUUGAUGAACAAGUUUUACGAUCUUGGAUGGGUCUUUGGCUCCGGAGGCGCGAUGUGUCUGAGAAAUAGCCCUGAAGACAUAAUUUUUGUCACCCCAUCCGCAGUUCAGAAGGACAGACUUGGAGAAGAGGAUAUUGGAGUUGUGAGUCCGGAAGGAGAAGUUCUGUUAGCACCGGCAUCUCCAAAUGUGAUCUCUUCUUGCUUCAAGUUGUUUUCAACGAUAUUUUUGACUCAUGGUAAGGUAGAAUAGGGUUUAUUUGAGGCAAAGAAAGGAUUGAUUUACUUUUGAAAAAAUUUAUAGUCAUCUGGAUUUAUUUUGGAGGGAAAUUAUUAUAGGUAGUUUUAUAUUAUUUUAGUCAUCAUCUGGGUAAGUUAUAAUUUUUGGAUGGAUUUUUGAUAUGCAGAGUGCGGUCCUAAUCAAUUUCUCUCACUCAAAAUAUUACUUUAGAGACCCAUCACACCCGCAAUUACCUGAAUUCCGUGAUCCAUAGCCAUUCCGUGGAAUCAAAUCUCAUCUCCUCAUUUCCAACUGAACGUCCAUAUACGGCUGUGAGAUUUGAUACCGAGGAAAUGCUGAAAGGAAUCAUCAAUCGACAGACUGGACGGCCUUACACUAACACGGAGGAAUGCGUUAUUCCAAUUAUUGAAAAUGCUCCAAGUGAGGGAGCUCCGGAGGUAAGGAAGUGGGGGAUUUGGGUGGUGUAAGAUGUAUAGGGAGGCUGUAAAUAUUUGGAAGGCAUUAUAAAAGCUUUUUUAGAUAAAAAAUUUGCAUAAUUUUAUGAUUUUGUCAAAAAUUUGCAUAAAAAAUUGCCAAUUUUUUUGUAAAAUACGUCCAUUAAAGUGAGUGCUUUUUAGUUUUCAAUUCGAAUCCGUGAAGCCAUGACUGCCUAUCCAGAAUGCAGCGCCGUUCUCGUCAGAAAUCAUGGAGCUUUUUAUUUUGGAAGGGAUUGGAAGGAAACCAAAAUUAUGGCCGAGAUCUUCGAAUAUCUGUUCAAAUUGAGCCUAGAGAAAAUCAAAUUUGCACCUCAUCUGAAGAAUUCUAUUUUUGUCAACUAA